AGUAUUCUUUAUUUUUUUUUGCUGUUCAAAUUCUUUUUGUGUUAACGAAGGUGAUGCCGAGAAAAUGUGGAAGACUGGCGAUUUGAGUAGAAGCAGUUACGCAGCCAAAAAAAUGAUUCAAUGCCUAGCAGAGCAUAUAGGACUGGUGUACAGCUCGACCAAAAUCAACGAUCGCGUUUACCUGAAAAUGAUUUCCAGAUUAAACCACACCAUUGACCCCAAAGAAAUGCAAGAUGUGCUGAAUUACUUUACCUGGUAUAACGAUGUGAAAAGACAAGUGUCUGCCCGAUAUUUAAUUCUCAUGGAAGGGAUUGUAUCUGAGAAUGCGGAAGAAUUGUACGUGGAACCUUUUGAUUUUGCCGCCGAUUUGAUCAACAAACUCGACGAAUGCAGAGGAAUCAUAAUAACAAACGAGGAAACGUUCGUGUUUGACUUCCUGGUGUGUCUCCUUCACGCCAAAGCGGUGGACCGCUUCUGGAGAUUUUACGAGUUCAACUUGGAACAACACAGUGUGAUUCCCGCGGAAAAUGAUCUUUACUCACCGUGCUUGACGUUUGAAAAUUUUUUGAAAUAUGAUGCGUCUAAAUGCAUUCAACGUACGCGAAAGACUUAA